CCCUUCCGCUGACGUGUCUGGAUCUUGCGUUCCUAGAGGCCAGCGCUAGCCGCCAAGCGGCCGGUUUCCUUGGUGACAGAGAGCGCGGGAAUUACAGAUAAAUUGUAAUUGCGGCUGCGCGGCGGCCACUGGUGCCGCGGUUGGACCCAGUGCUUUUCGAGCGGCUUCUCUGGUAUUUGGGCCAAGGGGUCGGGAGUACGGACGUUUUGCUCGGAGUAAAGUUCACCAGACCUGGAAGAAAUGGAUUUAUCUCCUGUUCAAAUUGAAGAAGUACAAAAUGUCCUUCAUGCUAUGCAAAAAAUCCUAGAGUGUCCAAUCUGUUUGGAAUUGAUCAAAGAACCCAUUUCCACAAAGUGUGACCACAUAUUUUGCAAAUUUUGUAUGCUGAAACUUCUUAACCAGAAGAAAGGGCCUUCACAAUGUCCUUUGUGUAAGAAUGAGAUAACCAAAAGGAGCCUGCAAGGAAGCACAAGGUUUAGUCAGCUUGUGGAAGAGUUGUUGAAAAUCACUGAUGCUUUUGAGCUUGACACAGGAAUGCAAUUUGCAAACAGUUACAGUAUUUCAAAAGUGAAAAAUUCUUCUGAACCUUUGAAUGAGGAGGCUUCCAUCAUCCAGAGUGUGGGCUACCGAAACCGUGUCAAAAGUCUUCGACGGAUUGAAUGUUCUGGAAAUGCCACCUUGAAGGACAGUCUCAGUGUUCAGCUGUCUAAUCUUGGAAUUGUGAGAUCAACAAAGAAAAAUCGUCAGGCACAGGCUCGAAAUAAAUCUGUGUACAUUGAAUUAGAGUCUGAUUCUUCUGAAGAGACAGUUAGUAAACCAGAAGACUGCAGUGUGAGAGACCAGGAACUGUUACAAACCACCCCUCGGGGAGCUGGAAAUGAAGCCAGUUUGGAUUCUGCAAACAAGGCUGCUUGUGAGUUUUCUGAGGACGUAACAAAUAUUGAACAGCACCAGUGCAGUAUUAAAGAUUUGAACCCCAUUGAGAAUCAUGCAACUGGAAGGCAUCCAGAAAAAUGUCAGGGUAUUUCUGUUUCAGACUUACAUGUGGAGCCAUGUGGCACAGAUAUUCAUGCCAGCUCAUUACAGUGUGAGAACAGCAGUUUAUUACUCACUGAAGACAGAAUGAAUGUAGAAAAGGCUGAAUUCUAUACUAAAAGCAAACAGUCUGGCUUAGCCAGGAGCCAACAGAACAGAUGGGCUGAAAGUAAAGAAACAUGUAAUGACAGGCAGGUUCCCAGCACUGAGGAAGAGGCAGGUCUGAAUGCCGAUUCCCUCUGUGGGGGGAGAAAACAGAGUAAUCAGAAAAGUCUGUGUCCAGAGGCUUCCAGAACUACCCAAGAUGUUCCUUGGAUGACACUAAAUAGCAGCAUUCAGAAAGUCAACGAGUGGUUUUCCAAAACUGGUGAAAUGCUGACUUGUGGUGGCACCCCUGACAGGAGGCGUGAGGUGGAAGUCCCAAAUGAAGUAGAUGGAUGCUCCAGGGUUCCAGGGGAAAUGGACUUCGAGGCCUCCGAUCCCCAUGAUGCUUUAAAGUGUAAAAGUGAAAGAGACCUCUCCAAACCAGUAGAGAAUAAUAUCCGAGAUAAAAUAUUUGGGAAAACGUAUCAGAGAAAGGUAAGCCUCCCUCACUUGAACCACGUAACUGAAAUUAUUGGCACAUUUACUGCAGAGCCACAGAUAACACAAGAACACCCCUUCACAAAUAAAUUAAAACGUAAAAGGAGAACUACAUGCCUUCAUCCUGAGGAUUUUAUCAAGAAAGCAGAUUUAACAGUUACUCAAAAGACUCCUGAAAAUCUAAAUCAGGGAAGUGACCAAAUGGAGCCAGAUGGCCAAGUGAUGGGUUUUACCAGUAAUGGUCAGGAGAAUGGAACACAAGGGAAUGAUCUUCAGAAAGAGGAAAACGCAAAUCCAGUGAAGUCCUUGGAAAAAGAGACUGUUUUCACAACUAAAGUCAAACCUAUAAGCAACAGUAUAAGCGAUUUGGAGCUAGAAUUAAAUGUCCACAAUUCAAAAACGCCUAAGAAAAAUCGGCUGAGGAGGAAGUCUUCAACCAGAUGUGUUCUUGCACUGGAACCAGUCAGUAGAAAUCCAAGCCCACCUGCUGAAUUUCAAAUUGAUAGUUGUAGCAGCAGUGAAGAAACAAAGAAACACAAGAACAUUAGAACACCUCAACUCACGGAGAACAUAGAACCUACGGAGAACAUAGAACCUACAGCAGAUGCCAAGAAGAAUAACGAGUCAGAUAAACAAAUAAGGAAGAGAAGGGCCAGCGAUGCUUUUCCAGAAGAGAAAUUAAUAAACAUACCCGGUUUAUUAACUAACUGUCCAAGUUCUAAUAAACCUCAAGGACCUGCCCAUCCUAGCCCUCAGAGAAAAGUGGAGAAACUUCAAACAAGCCAAAUGUCCAACAGUGCCAAAGACUUGAAGGAUCUGUCUCUGGGUGGAGAACAGGCUUUGCCCACUGAGAGAUCUGAGGAGAGUACCAGUGUUUCAUUGGUACCUGACACUGAUUAUGACACUCAGAACAGUGUGUCAAUACUAGAAGCUAACAAUGUUAGAUAUGCAAAAACAGGAUCAAGUCAGUGCAUGACUCAGUUUGUAGCGAGUGAUAACCCUACACUUGCUACAUCUAAAGAUGCUGGAAGUGGCACCGAGUGCCUCAAGCGUCCAUUGAGACACGAACUUAGCCAUAUUCCAGAGACCAUAGAAAUGGAAGAGAGUGAACUUGAUACUCAGUAUUUACAGAAUACUUUUCAAGUUUCAAAGCGUCAGUCAUUUACUUUAUUUUCAAAACCAAGAGAUCCCCAAAAGGAGUGUGUAACAGCUUGUGCUUCCUCUGUGUCCUUAAGGGGCAUGACUUCUGAAGGUGAACAACAAGAAGAAAAUCAGGAACACGAAGAGGCUGAAGUCAGUCACGUACAGGCAGUGCCUGCGACAGUGGGCUUAUCUCUGCUUCGUCAGGAAGGCGAGCCAGGCGCUGAUACAGUGCAUGCUGGAGUGUCCAGGCUUUAUCCAUCAUCUCAAUACAGAAGCAAUGAAAGUGUUCUCGGCACUGCGGGUAACCCUGGAAUUCCACAAAACUCACAUCCUAAACAAUCAGUUUCUCCCAUCAGGUCCUCUAUGAAAACUGGUCAUGGGAAAACCCUGUCAGAGGAACAAUUAGAGAAGCAUACAUUGUCAACUGAAAAGGCAAUGGGAAAUGAGACCUCUGUUCAAAGUACAAUGCACACAAUUAGCCAGAACAACAGAAAAAAUUCUUGUCAAGAAGCCAACUCGAAUAGUGUUAAUGAAGUGUGUCCCAGUGGUGAAAACUUCCAAGGACAACUAGGUCAAAACAGAGGGACUAAGUUCAACACUGUGCUUCCAUUAGGUCUUAUGCAACCUGGAGCCUGUAAGCAAAGUUUUCCUGCGAGUGAUUAUAAAUAUCCCGAAACAAAAAAGCAGGAAGUUGAGGCUGUUGGUGCAGAUUUCUCUCCGCGUCUGUUUUCAGAUAAGCUUGAACAAGCUGUGGGCAGUGGUUAUGUUUUUCAGGUUUGUUCUGAGACACCUGACGACCUGUUGGAUGAUGUUGAAAUACAGGAAAAUACUAGCAUCGGUGAAGGUGACCUAAUGGAGAAGUCUGCUGUUUUUAACGGUAGUGUCCAGAGAAGAGAGUUCAGUAGGAGCCCUAGCCCUUUGACCCAUGCAUCGUUGGCUCGGAGUCUCCAGAGAAGGCCUAGGAAGUUAGAGUCUUCAGAAGAGAGUGGAUCUUGUGAGGAUGAAGACCUUCCCUGCUUCCAACACUUACUUGGCAGGGUAAGCAAAACACCUGAACCUACCAGACAUAGCGGUGUUGUGACACAGCAUCUGUCAGAGAGAGCAGAGGGGACCCAAGCGCCAUGGAAGCGUAGCAUCGGUGACUAUGAUAACGAGGUGAUCUUGGUAGAGGCGUCUCAGGAACAUCACCCUAGUGAGGAUGCAAAAUACUCUGGCAGCAUGUUCUCUUCACAGCAUAGUGCUAUACAAGAUUUAACUGUAAACCCAGGCUCCCAGGACCCCUUGUUUAUUCCUUCCAAACAAAAGAGUCAUCAGUCUGAGGAUGAGGAAGAUUUUCUAAGCGACAAGGAAUUGAUUUCAGGUGAUGAAGAAGUGGGAACUUGCCUAGAGGAAGAUGAUGAUAAAGAAGAGGACAUUAUGAUCCCGGAUUCAGCUGAAGCGGCAUCUGGAUAUGAGAGCGAAACAAACCUUUCUGAAGACUGCUCACAGAGUGACAUUUUAACCACUCAGCAGAGGGCUACCAUGAAGGAUAAUCUCAUAAAGCUCCAGCAGGAAAUGGCCCACCUGGAAGCUGUGUUAGAGCAGCAAGGAGACCAGCCUUCUGGCCACUCUCCAUGUCUCAUAGCUGACCCUUGUGCCCCCGAAGACCCACCACACCCAGAGCAAGACAUAUCAGGAACAGCAAUUUUAACUUCAAAGAACAUUAAUGAAAAUCCUGUAAGCCGGGAUCCGACCUGCUUUUCUGCUGACAAGUUCCAACCACAACCUCCAGAUGGUUCCAGCAGUGAAAAUAAAGAGUCAAGAAUAGGGAGGCCUUCCCCUUUUAAAUCUCCGAUGGCAGGCAGUAGGUGCUCCGCACACAGCCACUCUGGGAGUCUUCACAGCAGAAACUGCCCAUCUCAAGAGGAGCUCCUUCAGGUUGUUGAAGCAGGGAAAUCAUGUGAACAGCACAACUUAACAGGACCAAAGCAAGAUCUAGAAGGAACCCCAUACCUGGAAUCUGAAAUCAGCCUUUUCUCUAAUAGAGACCCUGAAUCUGAGUCCCCUAAAGAGCCAACUCAUGUUUGCACCACACCAGCUUCAGCCUGUGCACGGACAGUAUCCCAGUGUCAAGUUUCUGGGUCUUUCGAGAGUCCAGCUGCUGCUCAUGCUGCCGAGGUAGAAACUGUGAGCAAGAAAAAGCCAGAAUUGACAUCUUCAAAAGGAAGAGCCAAUACAGGAAUAUCCAUGGUGGUGUCAGGCUUGACCCUCAAAGAAGUAAUGAUUGUGCAGAAGUUUGCUGAAAAAUACCACCUCACUUUGACUGAUGUAAUUACUGAGGAGACUACACAUGUCAUUAUAAAAACAGAUGCUGAACUUGUGUGUGAACGGACACUGAAAUAUUUUCUGGGAAUUGCAGGAGGAAAAUGGAUAGUUAGCUAUGCAUGGGUGAUCCGGUCUAUUCAAGAAAGAAAACUUCUGAGUGUGCAUGAAUUUGAAGUCAGAGGAGAUGUUGUGACUGGAAGAAACCACCAAGGUCCAAAGCGAUCCAGAGAAUCCCAAGAGAAGCUCUUCAAAGGCCUCAAAAUCUGUUGUUGUGAGCCCUUCACCAACAUGCCCAAAGGUGAGCUGGAGAAGAUGCUGGAGCUGUGUGGGGCUUCCGUGGUGAAGGAGCUUUCGUCGCUCACCCCUGACACAGGUGCUCAUCCAAUUGUGAUCGUACAGCCAAGUGCCUGGACAGAAGAGAAUGGCUGCCCUGAGAUUGGGCAGCUGUGUGAAGCACAUCUAGUGAUGUGGGACUGGGUGUUGGACAGUAUCUCCAUCUACCGAUGUCGGGAUUUGAACGCCUACCUGGUACAGAAUAUCACCCAUGGCCAUAACAGUAGCGAGCCACAAGACCCCAAUUAGUUUAAGAAGUGAUCCACAUCCUACUUACUAUUUCAUAGGCAUCAGACUAAAGGGUAUGCGGGGGAUUCUAUCUAUGUGAGUGUCCCUUAAAGGGUUUCUGAUCUAAGUCUCCCUUUGAAAUCUGUCUUGAGCAUAAAAGGUGUUUCACCUGAGAAGAAUUUAAGUCUAUUUAAACCCCACCAAUUGAAUAAGAUGCUAAUUCGUUAUAUAUUGUUCUUGGAGAGACAGAGUAGAAUGCUUGGCUGGUCUGUGCUGAACAUAAUCACAGCACUUGUCGGGAAGGGCCAGGGUUAUACAUGAGCCUGGGCUACUGUAUAAGACCCUGACUUGAGUGAAUGGCUAGUGGUCCUAAUUUGUUUCUUAUAAAAUCUUGUGUUUAAGUCCUUCAAGGAGAUUGCUUAAGACCUGUGAUUUGACUUAAAAUCAGCACUCAAGGCUCCAGGUUCCAUACCCAGCACCAAACAAUGCCCAUAAUUCCCCUCUACCGCCAUCCCCCCCCACCCUCCCUGCCAAGAAAACCUGAAAGCCCUUGGGCAAGCCUUGGAUAUCAGUGGACACUGAGGAAGUUUAGAAGCAGAUAAUGUAUUCAACAUGAAUAUGAAGUUUUUCAAAUACCAGUGUCCAGGAGAGCCUUUUAAUCCCCCUUAACUGAUGAACAAAGUGUCUGCUAUAACUCUGCUAAGUAACCCAUUCCUCUUAAAAUACAAGAUCUCUGAUAUGAAUAUUUCAUGUCUGUAAAUGAUGGGUCCCACCAGGAAAGGAGCUGUUGCUUUCUUUGAAGUAAUUUCUUCCCUUUUGCUCCCUAUUGCUAAACCAUACUGCUUCAUAAAUAAUUUUGUUUGCUGAAGGAAAAGAACGUAUUUUUCAUAAACUCAUUAUCUUGGACUGUUUAUAGCUGUUAGAGGGACUAGGUCUUCCCUGCCCCCUCCCCCAGUGUGCAAGGGCAGGGGAGACCUGAUUGUACAAAGUGUAUUUUAUAAAUGUUGUGCUGUUAAUGCUGCAAAUAAACUAAAUAGCAAACAUUUUCACUAAGAAUGGCUGUU